AUGAUGAAGAGAUACGGAUACUUUCCACCUCCCUGCCUCCGUGCUAUCUUGCGUUGCAACUCCUCCCCUCGGAAGGCAUCUCCAUCUGACUACUCAACGCCAGGCGGCUCGUGCCCACCCACCAUCUCAUCCUCCUUCCAUCCUCGUGACCUGGUUGGUCCCUUGCUCGAGUCGCCUGGCCUUGGUUUGAACAAGCCCACCAUCCAUGGCCUCGUCGUCGUCGAGCAAACGGUUAUGCGGCUUUAA